CUGUGAUUGAGGUAGGUCGUAAAUUCGCAAACCGUCCUUUUCUUUGUUUUUAUUUUGUUUAAUAGUUUCAUUCAGUAAUUUCUGAAUAAAAAAUAAUGAGAUCGUCAAUUAAACGUUUGUGGUUGUGGUUUUACAUCAAUAUCCUAGCGUAAAAGUGUUAUCAUCGAUGUGAUCUGGAUAAAAAUGAUAUCGGAGACUCAAACAAAACAAAGAAACCCUUUAGUAUAUUUAGAUAUAUCAAUAGACGGUGUUAAAGCUGGUCGAGUGGUAAUAGAGUUGAGGCGGGAUGUUGUACCAAAAACCGCAGAGAAUUUUAGAGCUUUAUGUACUGGAGAGAAGGGAAUCGGCACUCUAGGAAAACCCUUACAUUAUAAAGGUGUUAAAUUCCAUAAAGCAAUAUCUCAGUUUAUGGUACAAAGUGGUGAUAUAAUCAAUGGUGAUGGCACCGGUGGUGAGAGUAUCUAUGGACCAACGUUUGAAGAUGAAAACUUUAUACUUAAGCACGAGGCGGGCGUGCUCAGCAUGGCGAACGCAGGGCGGCCGCAUACAAACGGUUCGCAGUUCUGCGUGACGAGCGUGCCGUGCCCGCACCUGGACGGCACUAACGUGGUGUUCGGGCACGUGCGCGCGGGCCUGCGCGUGCUCGAAGAGGUGCAGCGGACGGCGGACGACUGUCGGCCUACUGUGGAAUGCGUCAUAGAGGAUUGUGGGGAGAUAACCGACCUGGAGACGUGGGAUGUGUGCUGUAGAGAUGGUACAACAGAUCACUUGCCGGAGUAUCCAGAGGAUUUGAGGACUGAGCUCACGGUGGACGAGUUACUAGCCGGCAUACAGGACAUAAAGUGCAGUGGAAACGCGCAUUUUGGCAGCGCGCGGUACAAAGCGGCCGCCGGCAAGUACAGCAAGUGUCUGCGGUACGUCGAGCACGUGGCUUCCACGCUGCCUGAAGGGGACGAGCGGCACAAGUUGUGCGAAAUGAUAGAGACGUACCGUGCGCAGUGCAGCCUCAACCUGGCCGCGUGCUACGCGCGCCUGCAGCGGCACGGUGCCACGCUCAAGUGCUGUACUGAGGUGUUACGCAUCGACCCCAAAAACGAGAAGGCCCUUUACCGGCGAGGUCAAGCGAAUUUCGCCCUAAAGAACUACGACGCGGCGCUAUCAGAUCUCAAAUUGGCGGAAAAAGUGUCGCCCAACAAUAAAGCGGUGCAAAGACUAUUAGAGGAAGUGAAAAUGACAAAUAAAAACUACAACGAUAUACAAAAGCAGAGGCUGUCAAAAUUUUUUCGUGACCAAAAAGAAAAAGGAGCCGCCUUCGGACAUCACUGAGUUGAGGUUGAACGUUGUUAUUUAUAAGAUGUGAAUGUUGGCAUCGAAUUUGUUGAUACGUAUAUACUAUACAGUAUACAUAGAGAAACACGUACUUUUACUUAACGGUAUUAACGGAAAAAUUUAAACUUACAAAUUUAAUAUAUUAUUCGCAAUCAUAAACCACCUGUGUGGAAUGAAAUUUGGUUCUUAGUUAUAUAUUGAACCUUCGUUAUGUGUAUAGCUAUCUCUUUCUGUUAACACUUCAUUACUAAAAAGAAAGCGAGAAAGUAUCUAUUUUAAUAGUCCCACCCUUUAUCUCAGUAGAAAACGUAUUAGAAAAAUUCAUACAUCUAAAUAUGUGCUAUUUUUAACCUAUUCUUUUAAGGAUUCCAUACCACAACCCGUUACUAAAAAUUCUUUAAAAAUUGGUAUUUCGUGUUUUACAUACACAUUAUGUGUAUGUCUCUUGGGUACACACUACACGCGGUCUGUGUGACAAGCCUAUUCGUAUUAAACAAAAUUAUUGGCAUGUAUAAUGAUUUGAGUGUAAAGGUGCUUUUCCACUAAUGUGUGAGUAUGUAUAGCGAGGAACGUUUUGAAAUUUGACUCAAACUCUAAACUCAAACAUUUAUUUAUUCAAUUAGACUUCUUUUAGAAGCACUUUCGAAACGUCAUUACAUAUUUUAACAUUUACCACCGAUUUGGAAAGUAGAAUUUGAAGCAUUUGAAGCCAAACUAUUGGUGAUUUACAAACACAUUCCUCGCUACACAUCCUCUC